CAGACAUUGACAACAGCAGCACUAUCUGAGGCCCAGACCGUAGCCCUCCUAAGCCCUACCCGGUCCUGACUGGAGCCACGCCCUACACUGUACUCCACCACUCCCCACGUAGAGCCUGGAAGGCAGGGAAGCCACGGCCGGGAUUUCAUGGCAACAGCACCCUAGGGCUGCCAUGGCAGCUGGUGCCGCCGAGGCUCCACGCCAUGUUACAGCACUGACGCCGGAGGACGAGGAACGACUAGCCGCUGCCGAGCUGUACAGCGACACUACCCUGCCACGGACAGAGAGAGAGAGGGAAGAGCGAGCCAGCGGCAACGAGUGUUUGGUGUGUGGGACUUGGUUUGGUUCGCAGGAUAAGCUUCGGCUUCACUCUUUCUGUCACACGGGAGAGAAGCCCUUCCACUGUUCCCAGCCACACUGCCCUAAGGCCUUCAGCUCCAAAUAUAAACUGUUCAGGCAUAUGGCCACACACUCUCCGCAGAAAACUCACCAGUGCUCGUUCUGCGAGAAAAUGUUUCACCGCAAAGAUCACCUGAAGAACCACCUGCAGACCCAUGACCCCAACAAAGAGGCCUUCAAGUGUGAGGAUUGUGGCAAGCACUACAACACCAAGCUGGGCUACAAGCGUCAUGUGGCCAUGCAUUCAGCCACGGCUGGGGACCUCACCUGUAAGGUGUGCCUGCAGAGCUACGAGAAUACCCCUGCCCUGAUGGAGCAUCUCAAGAGCCACUCGGGCAAGUCCUCCGGAGGUGCCAAGGAGAAGAAGCAUCCGUGUGACCACUGUGACCGCCGCUUCUACACACGGAAGGACGUGCGUCGCCACAUGGUGGUCCACACCGGCAGAAAGGACUUCCUGUGUCAGUACUGCGCCCAGCGCUUCGGCAGGAAGGACCACCUGACGCGGCAUGUGAAGAAGAGCCACUCUCAGGAGCUGCUGAAGAUAAAGACUGACCCUCUGGACAUGCAAGGCAUGCUGGGCUCUGGCUCCUCCCCCUGCACUGUCAAAGAGGAGCUCAGCCCCAUGAUGUGCAGUAUGGGUUCCAACAAAGACCCCAUGCUGGCCAAGACGUUCCCCAGCAGCACCCCCUUCCCCAUGGGCAUGUACAACCCCCACCACCUCCAGGCCAUGUCCAACCCUGAGGUGGGCCACCACCACUCUCUGAUACCCGGCUCCCUGUCCGCUGCCAUGGGGAUGGGCUGCCACAUGGAGCCCCCUCCAUCCCCGCACCACCACCACCACCACCACCACCAUCACCACCACAUCCAAAACUCCCCCCCGCUGCCCCACCUGCAGCAGCCCCAACAGCACCAGCAGCAACAUCACGUCCAGCCGCCGCCCAAAUACCAGCUGGGAUCUACCUCAUACCUGCUGGACAAGCCCCUCAAAGUGGAGAUGGAGAGCUUUCUCAUGGAUCUGCAGAGUGGGCUGCCGGGCCACCACUCAGGCGAUCAUCAUCAUGCUGCUGCCUCGCACCCCAAGGAGGGACUAGAGCACCCCUCAGGCCUGACAGACGAGCUGUGUGGUGACCCCCUCCUGUCUAAGAGCCCUGCUGUCAUCGCUGAGUCUCUGUGCACUGCUAACAUGGACUUCUCUCACCUGCUGGGCUUCCUGCCUUUCAACCUGCCGCCCUACAACGCCCCCAUCAGCACAGCAGGACUAGUCAUGGGGUACACCUCAUCUGCUGCCUCCUCCUCUUCCUCCUCUUCAUCAUCCUUGCGGGGCACUGAGCCCCACACCGCUGCCACAGCUGCACCUCUUACCUCUUUGCAACCUCAACCUCAGGAGCAGCAUGGCUCCAGCAGGGGCCUGGGUCUAGGGCCCCUGCACCCUCUCCCGCCAGUGUUUAGCUCCAGCCUCAGCACGACCACCCUGCCUCGCUUUCACCAGGCCUUCCAAUGAGGGGCCCCCAGGCCAUCAUCCUCAGCUCACUGCCUCACUCCCAGGGGCCAAGGGGCCUCCUGGCUGCAAGGGUGGACAUAAAAACACUUGAACACUUAGAAGCCUUAAUUGAAGUGCACAAAAGCUUUUGAUUGAGCUCCAGAGGAAACUAAACCCCCAUUGUUGGAAAAAAAAGGAAAAGACGAGAAACUUUCAAACUAAGGAGCUUUUGUUUGGCCUUUCUUUAGCUGUGAUGAUUAAAUCCCUCUCGCUUUGUUGAUGUUUGUUUAGUUGGAUCCCCAUUUAGCUUUUGUAGAAUCAGCAGCUACUCUUCCUGGGGUCCACAAAAAACACGACAAGUAACAAAACACUGAUACACAAGGACAGUCACACAAAUUAAAAUACAGGGAUGUACAAACAAUACAUCUCAAAUGCGUGUGUGUGUCUCUUAGUGCGUCUGUGUUAGUCUGUGUGUCUGUGUGCUAGUGUGUCUGUGUGCUAGUGUGUCUGUGUUUUAGAGUGUGUCUGUGUGCUAGUGUGUCUGUGUGUUAAGAGUGUGUCUGUGUGUUAGAGUGUCUGUGUGUUAGAGUGUGUCUGUGUUAGUGUGUGUCUGUGUUAGAGUGUGUCUGUGUGUUAGAGUGUGUCUGUGUGUUAGAGUGUGUCUGUGUGUUAGAGUGUGUCUGUGUGUUAGAGUGUGUCUGUGUUAGAGUGUGUCUGUGUGUUAGAGUGUGUCUGUGUGUUAGAGUGUGUCUGUGUGUUAGAGUGUGUCUGUGUGUUAGAGUGUGUCUGUGUGUCUGUGUUAGUGUUAAUGUGUGUCUGUGUGCUAGUGUGUCUGUGUGCUAGUGUGUCUGUGUGUUUUAGAGUGUGUCUGUGUUUUAGAGUGUGUCUGUGUUUUAGAGUGUGUCUGUGUUAGAGUGUGUCUGUGUUAGAGUGUGUCUGUGUGUUAGAGUGUGUCUGUGUGUUAGAGUGUGUCUGUGUGUUAGUGUGUCUGUGUUAGUGUUAAUGUGUGUCUGUGUGCUAGUGUGUCUGUGUGUUAAGAGUGUGUCUGUGUGCUAGUGUGUCUGUGUUUUAGAGUGUGUCUGUGUUAGUGUGUCUGUGUGUUAGAGUGUGUCUGUGUUAGUGUUAAUGUGUGUCUGUGUGUUAAGAGUGUGUCUGUGUGCUAGUGUGUCUGUGUUUUAGAGUGUGUCUGUGUUAGUGUGUCUGUGUGUUAGAGUGUGUCUGUGUUAGUGUGUCUGUGUUAGUGUUAAUGUGUCUGUGUUAGUGUUAGUGUUAAUGUGUGUGUGUGUGUGUGUGUGUGUGUGUGUGUGUGUGUGUGUGUGUGUGUGUGUGUGUGUGUGUCUGUCUGUGUUAGUGUGUGUGUCUUAGUGUGUGUGUCACCUCACAGUCCCCUCUGUUCCAUGAGAUGCUGUUUAAUCUGUUUUUAAAGGUAAUUCUUCUGUUUGCUGAGUAACUGGAAAUGGAAGGGAGUUCCAUGGGACCACGGCUCUGUAUAAAACUACGUCAUGAUUGAUAGAUGGAGAGAGGGCUUUGGAACAUCCAGCACGUGGGGUAUAUAAAGUCCAUUCGUCAAAAGAAAGUCAAAGUGCAUCUUGAGCGUACAAGGACUGAUAUCAACAGUAUUAAUAUAUUAUCCUCUUGGUUUCUCAACUCUCUUCACUUUGUCUGUUUGAGUACUCAUCCCAGUCCAUACGCAACUAUGAGUAAACAUGUAGUUUCAAGUAUACGCCAAGUAUAAAGAAAAGAAAAAAACUACAACUAUAUAACAUAAGGAAAACAAAACAAAUUGCUGCUUUUAGCUCCAGUUGCUGGGAACAGAGAACAUUUCAACAUUGCAAGAUGUAAACGUGCACAGUGGUACAGAUUUGAACUGUUUCCCUUCCUGUCUGUACGCCUCACUCAGCUGCUUCCUGGUUUCAGGAGGAAAGGGUCUUAAAGAAAUACACAAUAUCCAGAACAAACAAGUCACCAGCCUGCUCUUUGACAUUCAAAGCAUGGGACGACUGACUAGGAUAUUUCUUAGUCGUUUUUGUUGUUGUUAUAUGAUAUGUUAUUUUCUGUUUGUUAAAACAGGACCUUGAAACAACACAACACAUCACCUCAUUUUAUUUUUGAUUUUUUUUUCCUUCCCAAAACCUGGGGAGAGGAAACAAAAUCUUGCACAAUUGCUCAUUAAAAUAAAUAUUUUAUUAUUUCAUUUUAAUAAUGGUAGAAUUGUUAUUCAAAUUGACCAACCGAUCAGAGCCUACUAUUGCCUCGUCAGUCAGCUAAUUAGACUGACCUAUAAAAGUAGUUGACAAAUAUGUGAAAAUAAAUACAACUUAAAAGAAACAUUUGUUUGGUUGUGACAAAGUGCCACUACCAACCAAUACUUGUGAAGUAAUAUGUUCAGGUAUGAAUCCCCAAAGUUCAUGUUGACACUUCCAAUAGGCUGGGAAAUUAUCUAAAUUAGGAACAUUUAAUGAUUGAUCGUGAAGAAAUGUGGUUCGCCUCUUUCUUAUAGUGGUAAUUGAAUAUAAAUAUUUAUAUAAUUGUUUAAAAGCUAUGCUUAAAACAUUUUUUUUUGUGUACAUCAAGUUUACAUUUUGAAAGACCAUGGCUAUAUCCAAUUCCAGACAAAAUUGAAGCACUCAAAUUUAGCAUUUUCUUUUUAUUCAUUUAUUGAGCAUUUAUUGAUUAAAAAAAGAAAUGUCAAUUGGCAUUGAGUUUGUCCUCCCUGGGUUUCUGUGAGCUAAUCUGAAUUUCUAGCACUUUCAAUCUUUAAAAAAAAAGAAGUUUUUUUUCUUUUAAAAUUUCAGCUUAUAUGUUCCUAUGUUUAUAAUUUUGUAUUUGAUCCUGUGUAUGUAUGUGCCAUUAGUUUGUUGUGUAGAUUUCAUCAAUAUUUGUGUAUUUUUCUCCUCCAAAAAGAAUCAGUAUUUUUUUAAUAGACAUUUCACUAAAACCUUCUUGUGCCCCCACUCCCCUUUCAGGCCCGUUGGGUAACCAGCGUUGCCUUCUCUAUUGAAAUUGUAUAUAAUUAACACAACAACAACAACAACAACAACAACAACAACAAAAUAUUCUACAACCAAGUAUUUGUAACAAAUUUGUAAUCUAAUUGCCUUUCAGAGAGCAUGGUGAGCAUGACACAUCAUCACCACAAUCUGGAAUAGAGAAACUACCAGAUUGACCUCUUCUUCGAGGUCAAAAAGACUAGGUCCUGUUUUUUCCCCACAUAGUUCCAUCUCACAGCACAUUAUCUGGGGAACCCAGUUUUUAAAGCACUUUUAUUUUGCAACCAUAACAACUGUCUGACGCAUGAUAAAUAAAGGUGAAAUAAUACAAACUAAUGACGGAAAAGGACUGUACUGCUGCCUAGUAGCUACAGAAAACAUGUUGUCUCUAGACAGGAAAAUGACUGUACUGCUGCCUAGUAGCUACAGAAUACAUGUUGUCUCUAGACAGGAAAAGGACUGUACUGCUGCCUAGUAGCUACAUGUUGUCUCUAGACAGGAAAAGGACUGUACUGCUGCCUAGUAGCUACAGAAUACAUGUUGUCUCUAGACAGGAAAAGGACUGUACUGCUGCCUAGUAGCUACAGAAUACAUGUUGUCUAUAGGCAGGAAAAGGACUGUACUGCUGCCUAGUAGCUACAGAAUACAUGUUGUCUAUAGGCAGGAAAAGGACUGUACUGCUGCCUAGUAGCUACAGAAUACAUGUUGUCUCUAGACAGGAAAAGGACUGUACUGCUGCCUAGUAGCUACAGAAUACAUGUUGUCUCUAGACAGGAAAAGGGCUGUACUGCUGCCUAGUAGCUACAGAAUACAUGUUGUCUCUAGACAGGAAAAGGACUGUACUGCUGCCUAGUAGCUACAGAAUACAUGUUGUCUCUAGACAGGAAAAGGCUUGUACUGCUGCCUAGUAGCUACAGAAUACAUGUUGUCUCUAGACAGGAAAAGGACUGUACUGCUGCCUAGUAGCUACAGAAUACAUGUUGUCUCUAGGCAGGAAAAGGACUGUACUGCUGCCUAGUAGCUACAGAAUACAUGUUGUCUCUAGGCAGGAAAAGGACUGUACUGCUGCCUAGUAGCUACAGAAUACAUGUUGUCUCUAGACAGGAAAAGGACUGUACUGCUGCCUAGUAGCUACAGAAUACAUGUUGUCUAUAGACAGGAAAAGGACUGUACUGCUGCCUAGUAGCUACAGGUUGUCUCUAGACAGGAAAAGGACUGUACUGCUGCCUAGUAGCUACACAAUACAUGUUGUCUCUAGACAGGAAAAGGACUGUCCUGCUGCCUAGUAGCUACAGAAUACAUGUUGUCUCUAGACAGGAAAAGGACUGUACUGCUGCCUAGUAGCUACAGAAUACAUGUUGUCUCUAGGCAGGAAAAGGACUGUACUGCUGCCUAGUAGCUACAGAAUACAUGUUGUCUAUAGGCAGGAAAAGGACUGUACUGCUGCCUAGUAGCUACAGAAUACAUGUUGUCUCUAGACAGGAAAAGGACUGUACUGCUGCCUAGUAGCUACACAAUACAUGUUGUCUCUAGACAGGAAAAGGACUGUACUGCUGCCUAGUAGCUACAGAAUACAGGUUGUCUCUAGACAGGAAAAGGACUGUACUGCUGCCUAGUAGCUACAGAAUACAUGUUGUCUCUAGACAGGAAAAGGACUGUACUGCUGCCUAGUAGCUACAUGUUGUCUCUAGACAGGAAAAGGACUGUACUGCUGCCUAGUAGCUACAGAAUACAUGUUGUCUCUAGACAGGAAAAGGACUGUCCUGCUGCCUAGUAGCUACAGAAUACAUGUUGUCUCUAGACAGGAAAAGGCUUGUACUGCUGCCAGGCUGUGCCAAGACAGGGCUUUUGCUACAGAGAAGGCAAGUCUCCAUCUGUCCCAGUUUACAGUAGACCUCACCCCACACGUGACAGUUUACAGUAGACCUCACCCCACACAUGACAGUUUACAGUAGACCUCACCCCACACAUGACAGUUUACAGUAGACCUCACCCCACACAUGACAGUUUACAGUAGACCUCACCCCACACAUGACAGCAAAGAAGAUGGAUAUGCCAAUAAUUGAUUAGCGGAAGAAAAGUAAAGUAGUUGUUGUGGGCAGCGGUAAAUGCUACGUUUUGCACCGCCUUGGGAAGUGGCCAUUUCAGGAGUAUUUCAGCGGGUCUUCAGUCUCCUCGGGAUGCCAUAAUCAUUUCAUCCAUCUCACCUGUUCUGGAGAGACUCUGCUAAACCUCUGCUGAGACACUCCUGAAGGGGCCUAUCUCUGACGGUGGUGUUGCACCAUGAUUCAAACCAGCAAAUUAGUUCAUGGGCAUCGUUAAUGGAAAGGUUGUGGAAGUAAUGUCUCACCUUAAACUUUGACUGAGUGCCAAGCGGAUGUUUUCCCUACAGCGCCUUGUUGUUGGUUCAUUACCUCGACUGCGCCUACUGGAGAUGCAUUUGUCUUCACCUUUCCUCUGUACUAGUAGGUGCAGAACACACAAUUUAAGGGAAUUCUUUCAUCCAUUUUUAAGUCAGAAAAGCGGUUUUUGGAUAUCAUUAAUGCUUUCUUUUGUUGUUGUUGCUUUUUAGUGAGAAACUGGGUACUGUCUGGUGAAGACAAGAUUCACAUGUCGUUUUACAUCAUUUUUUUUAGCUUAAUGUAUGUCUUCCAAGCUCUUUGUGUAUGUUGUUUAGCGACAUCUACCUUAUGUUUAGUACUUUAUUACAGCCACCUCUGGGGGGGGGAGGUCAUCCUUACACUAUUUUAUAUAGCAUGGAGUUUAUCAACUACAGGGAGAAUUGUAUAAAAAAAUAUUCUUCAGAGAAACAGCUUUUUUGUUUGUUUCAUAUCUCACAUGCAAUCAGUUGCUGCAAAGUGCCAGAUUUUGUAUAUUGGUUGAUCCAAAGAGAUGCCAUAACAACAAACAUAUUUACUGAUUGUACAGUACAUUGUAUCUUUGAACUGUCGUGUGUUAUGUUAUUAAAAUACAAACCCACGGUUUCAUA